GGUAGAAUCUGCUUUGUGGUAGAAUCGUCGCAAACCGUACCAGCCGAGAGUUGUGGAGCUAUAUGGUAAAAAAGUUGCGGUUACUUAAAAAUCACGGUAUCGACCAUCUAGUUUUGUGGCCAUGUUUCGGAAGUUUAUUAUCACCAGGUUGGCAAUGCUGAAAUAGACGUUGACAUUGACGUAAUUCAGGUCAUCAUAAAUUUUCUGAAUGUGUCAAAACAAAUGUGAAAGUGGAAAAUAAAGUUUUUAUAAAUUUUUACCUUUAACUUUAAUUGGAAAAAUUCAAUACCAUGCCAGAGACUAAAGACAAAGACUCUGCAACACGUUCUCCAGAACGAAAGAGACGUAGAUCGAAAUCUCCUGAGCGCAAAGAAAGAAAAUCUUCAAAAAGAAAAGAUCGCGAUGGUAAACGUUCACAAGACGAUGACUACAAUCCAAAAGACUAUCCUCGAUACUAUGGAGAGGAUCGGCCAAAUAGUGAUAGUUACUGGAAUAAAUAUCCUAGGAAGGAUAACACAAAAGUCGGUCAACGAUAUUAUGACCCACCUGAAAAUGAUAAAACAUUCGAAAAAGAAAAGAACGUGCAAGAAAAACAUGUUUCAAACAAGGAAGAGACUGUUGAUAAAUCAGUAAUUAAACCGAGAGAAAGAAAAACUGUAGAUAUGUUAACUUCUCGAACGGGAGGUGCUUAUAUACCACCAGCAAAACUUCGAAUGAUGCAGGCUAGUAUUACUGAUAAAUCAUCAGCUGCUUACCAACGAAUUGCUUGGGAAGCACUUAAGAAAUCUGUACAUGGUUAUAUUAAUAAGAUUAACACCUCUAAUAUCGGUAUAAUAGCCAGGGAAAUCUUACAUGAAAAUAUAGUUAGAGGUAGAGGUUUACUCUGUAAGUCAAUAAUACAAGCUCAAGCAGCUUCUCCAACCUUUACUAAUGUCUAUGCAGCUCUGGUUGCUGUUAUUAAUUCAAAGUUUCCUAAUAUAGGAGAGCUUUUAUUGAAAAGGCUGGUGCUACAGUUUAAAAGAGGCUACAAACAGAACAAUAAAUCCAUCUGUAUAUCUGCUACAACUUUCGUAGCUCAUUUGGUUAACCAAAGAGUGGCCCAUGAGAUUUUGGCCCUUGAAAUUUUAACUUUAUUAGUUGAAACACCAACAGAUGAUUCUGUAGAAGUGGCCAUAUCUUUUCUAAAAGAAUGUGGACAAAAACUUACAGAAGUUUCUAGUAGAGGUAUAACUGCCAUAUUUGAAAUGUUGAGGAAUAUUUUGCAUGAAGGACAACUAGAAAAGAGAAUACAGUACAUGAUUGAAGUUAUGUUUCAAAUUAGAAAGGAUGGAUUUAAAGAUCAUGCAGCUGUGACAGAAGAACUUGAUUUGGUUGAAGAGGAAGAUCAGUUUACUCAUCUUAUUAUGUUGGAUGAUGUGAAGGAGGCCAAUGCUGAAGAUAUAUUAAACGUUUUCAAAUUUGAUGAGGAUUAUGAAGAAAACGAAGGUAAAUACAAAACAUUGAGUAAAGAAAUUUUGGGAAGCGAUAGUGAAUCAGGAUCUGGCUCUGAAGGAUCAGAUGAUGAAUCAGACGAAGAGGGGGAAGAGGAAGUAAAAGAUUCUGGAACUAUUAUUGACAACACAGAAACUAAUCUAAUAGCUCUUAGAAGGACGAUAUAUUUGACAAUACAAUCUAGUUUAGAUUUUGAGGAGUGUGCACAUAAGCUAUUGAAAAUGGAAUUGAAGCCUGGACAGGAAAUUGAGUUGUGUCAUAUGUUCCUGGAUUGCUGUGCAGAACAAAGAACAUACGAAAAAUUCUAUGGACUGUUAGCCCAAAGAUUCUGUCAAAUCAACAAAAUAUACAUUGAACCCUUUCAACAAAUAUUUAGAGACACAUAUGCAACCACACACAGAUUAGAUGCUAAUAGGUUGAGAAAUGUGAGCAAAUUUUUUGCACAUUUGCUGUUUACGGAUGCUAUAAAUUGGCAAGUUCUUGACAUAAUGAAAUUAAACGAAGAAGAUACCAAUAGUUCUAGUAGGAUUUUUAUCAAAAUCUUGUUUCAAGAGUUGGCUGAAUAUAUGGGAUUGGGAAAAUUAAACGCAAGACUGAAAGAUGAGACUCUUCAAGAACAUUUUUCUGGUUUGUUUCCUAGAGACAAUCCUAAAAACACCAGAUUUUCCAUUAACUUCUUUACAUCCAUUGGUUUGGGAGGCCUGACGGAUGAACUUAGAGAACAUUUGAAAAAUAUUCCAAAAAUAAUGGAAGCGAAGAUGGCAAUAGGAAAAGAAGAAAGCGAAGACAGCAGUGGCUCAAGUAGUUCCAGUGGUGAAGAAAGUAGCGGGGAUAGCAGUGCAGAAUCCAGUUCAGAGGAAGAGGAUGAAAAGGCGAAGAAAAAGAAAAUGCGUGAUACUAAUGUUAAAUCUCUAGAAUCUUCAAAAUCACAAAGAACUGAAAGAAUUAAUGGAGGGGGAUACAGAGAGGACAAAGAAAAAUACAGAAAUAAGGAAAAACAAAGAUAUUCUGAAAAAGAAAAUGAGAAAGAUAAAAAUCCUUCAAAAGCAGAUCGUAGUAAUAAAGAAGACAGAAGGAAAGAUUACAAUGAAAAUAGAGAAAAAACAAAAAAAUAUUAUGAAGUGGACAAAGAUAAAAGGAAAAGGGAUGGAGAUAAAACGGAAAGAAAAAACAAAGACUAUGAAUGGGUUAAAAGUAGAUAUGAGGAUAAUAUAAAUCAGUUGAAGAGUGACAAAAAAGCAUUUGAAAAAUCCUCAAAGCACAGGUCAAGGUCCAGAGAACGGGUACGAGUUAAAGAUGGAAAAGCAAGAGCCAAAGAUGAAAAACGGCAUAGAAGUAAGGAUAGACAGAGAAGUUAAUUGGGUAAAUAAUGUAUAUAUUAUUACAAUGAAUAUAUUAUUUUUUUUAUAACUGUCAAAUAUUUCCUUUAUAUAAAUAUAUUUAUUAAUCUGAAUUAGGAUUAAUUAAACAAUUAGUAUUAAUUGAUGCUUGAUAUCUGGUAAAGAAGUAUACUAAUAGUCUAAGAUCCGAAGUAAGGUCGACCUUCACCCAUCUGUUUAAUGGAUGAAAGUUUAUUUUUAUUAAAUAAAAUAUGUUUAUAAAUAUACCGCAAAUGGGUUGUCUAAGAAAAUACGGUCCAGAUUUCCUUAAAGUAAAAAAAAACGACACCCUGUAAACUAUUCCCAAGAUGCUUCUACUUUGCCCAAACUUAAAUCAGCUCACCGCAGGAUGGAUUAAAGCUUAAGUUUAAAAUUUGGUGUUUUUCUCUUCAUCCGUUUUUGAGUUAUCUUCAAAAUUAGAAAUUUGCACUUUUUCUCAAAUAUCUCAAAUUAGGUCCAUUUUAGGGAAAUCAUGUAUAGGAACAAAAUAAUAGAGAAUGACAUCACAAGCAACUUUUAUCAUGAUUCGCAUACUUUCCUUAUCUGUACACAGAAAGAAAAGUAAAAAAUGGCCAUGACCGUAUUUUCUUAGGCAACCCAUUUGCGGUA